AUGGCCUUGAAACCUGAAGACCCCGGUAGGGGAUUUCGGCAUGGCACAGUGGUAGCCUUCAUCAAUGAGAAGAUGGCCAGGCACCUGAAAGGCACUGAGUUCUACCUUGAAAAUCUGUCUCUCUCCUGGGAGGAGAUAGAAGACAAAAUCAGGGCCAUCCUGGAGAACAGCGAGGUGCCCAGUGAAGCUCAAGUGGCCUAUGUUUGGGGCAGCCUGUCCUUGGGCAGGCACUUAGCUUGUAGGCAGGGGCACUUACAGGGGGGUAGGGUACAGUCACUGCACGACUUUGCCAAACUGCACAAGUCAGCCACAAAUGCCUUGGUCUUGAAUCUGAACCAGCUCAUAGAGCAGCAGGGAAUGGAGUGCAAGGAGGCUGCCUUCCAACUGCACCUGGCCCACACCAAACUGGCCCAGGUACAAAAAGAGAGGGACCUGCUGAGAUGGAAGCUUGUGCAGGCACUGAAGGCUCUCCCAGAGCUGGCUGUGGAGGGGCCAGACCUGGCUACUGUUCCAGAGGUGGGGAUACAAGGAGCAGGUGAGAAGCAAGAGGUGGCAGAGGCUGAAGCUAGUGCUAUAGGCGGAGGAAGAGGAGAAGAAGAGGAAGAAGAAGAAGAGAGGGAUGUGAUCAGCACAGCCCCAGAGGAGGCCACACGGGAGCUAAGUAGAAGCUUCCUGCAGCUUCUUAGAGUUGUCCAGCAGAAAAAUUACACCUCUGGCAAAGAGAAGGAGGGCAAUAUUAGGCCUGUGGAAACAGCCAUGCUUUAUCUCUCUGGGACACUGAAGGCCACGGCCACCAACUCACCAGAACCCCUUCCUGUCCAGCUCCCUGCCUCAUACACAUACAGCUACUCAAGCCCUUUGUCCGGUUUCCCAGUCAUGUCCACACCAUCCCCAUUGGCAGCCACGAUCACAGCACCUUUUCCUUCUCAGAUGCCCCCCCCCACUGCUCAGCCUCUGAUGUUAGCUUGUGGUCUGAUGUGGGGGCUCAAGGAGUAG